CUAAACAUUGCUUUUAUAGCAAAGCAGUGCACAUGCGCAGUCGCGUGAACCUGUCGGGGAGUCUGUGCUGGGCAAAAUCGAUAACUCCAAACCAAUCAGUUAUCGCGCGCGGACAACACUCGUACAUGGUACACGCACGCCGAAAACAGAAAGUAUGGCCGAUGAGGUCACUGCCGACGAGUCUCCGGGCCGGGAGACGGUGGCCAAGUGUGACUGUUCGCACCAGCAACAGCAACUGAACGAGUGCCGUGCACAGCUGGCAACACUUGAGCAGAGUAACGAAACGCUCCAGAAACGGCUCGACGGGUAUGUGAAGGACAAUGAGAAUCUGGUCAUCAAGUACGCGUUCGUGGAGAAGAAGGUCCUCGAUCUGAAGGCGCUGGUGGAGGAGAAAGAGUCCAAAAUCCGGCGGCACGAUCAAGAAGUUGGUGGCCUCCAGAAACAGAUUGCUACCCUCAAAGCGGACAAGGCGAAGCUGCAGAAAAACAUCGAAUCGAAGCUCCGGGAUAUUGAGCGCGUCGGCAAAGAACUGGAAGGUAGUCGCCAUUACUCGUCCCAGAUCGAGAUGCGCUACAAGUACAGCAGCUGCCGCUUACGCCGCGAAGCUGAGGAUCGAACGAGACUUGAGGCGGAAGUGCUAAAUUUGCGUCAACAGUUAUUGCAGCAUGUCAUCGCGGAAGAGACGCACCAGGCGAGCGAACAGGUGGCCGAGAUGGAGCGCAAGGUGAUGGAGCUGCAGGCACGGGAAAUUAUGCUGAAGCAUGCGAGCGACGAGCAGACGGCCAGGAUAAUGGCUCUGCAGCGCACCAACCUAGAGCUGCAGGAUGUAUCCGAACGGCAGGACAAAAAGUACAAUCUUUCCCUGCAGGCGCUGAAGGAAACUGAGGCAGAGCGAGAACACCUGCGGCAGCAGAUGGAGCAGGUGCAGAAGAAAAUGAAUCACCAGGAAUCUGUGAUAGAGGAACUACAAUCUAAAGUCGAUGCCGCGAACGAACUUGCGCAGGAAUCCAAACGGAUAGAGCUCAUCGUGAGCGAGCAGCGUGCGGAGCUCGAGCAGCUAACCACCACCCUGGACGAACAUCGGAAGGAUGUUGAGGAGCUGAAGGCACGCGAGCUGGAGCUGUUGGCACUGAACAAAGACCUGAGCGAGGUGAACUGCCUGCUGCAGCAGGAAAUCGCAACGCAAGAAUCGAAAACCAUCGCCAUUACGCUCGAGUACGGCAAGUUUGUGACCAUGUGCCAGGAGUAUGACGCCCAGAUUAUCAGUCUCGCGAACUCGCUCGCCCUCGAACGUCAGCACCGAACCGAGGAGCGGUUGCUGAUGGCGAAACACAUUGCCGAUCGCACCCGUAAGCUGGAGCAGGCCGAACGGUGUCUCCAGCAAACGCUCAACGAGCUGGAAGCGAAUCGGAAGAAAUAUUUCGCCCUCGUCAAGGACUUUAAGCGCGAGAUGAAAAAUGUUCACCAGAGUGCGGAGUCUGGCACGGUACAGCAGUAGCAAGCAGCAGCAGUUAUCAAGCUGAACCAUCCCCGGUGAAACCUAUCUCGCUUGUGCUCUUGGUGAAAUCUUAUUUAUUUUGCGAUAAACGUGCGAGAUGCAACGUACCCGUACCCGUAGUUGAGAAUGAUUUAAAGACAUCAUCACUGAGCACUGACCCAAACUGAAACCCGAUCGGACGGGUUUCUGAAACGAAAUAAUCUUGUUAUAAUUUGGAAGACUUUAAAAGCUGUAUCUUACAUAAUUAACAAUAU